UCAGUCUAGCGCCACACACCAGGCCGCGAGGGUGGGCAUCCCGUGCCCUCCCUCUUCGCUCCGGUCUCUCGGACCGCAGCAGGUGCAUCCUUAGGACUGAGUAACCUCAAGUCAUUAGUGACUUCACUCAAAGCGCCACCGAGAAUACUGAGGUACGAGGAGUGAUCCCGUGGUGCUGCCUGCGUGUUGUGAAGGACCCGGAGUGCCGCAGGUCCCUGUGAAUGAAGUGACGUUGGAGUUGUCGGCUGUGAAUGAACAUCGCGCAAGGUGACACGGCCCACUGACUGCUGUGCUUCAGCCUCACGCACACGCUCGCCUCUGACGGUGGUGGGUGUCGGCUCGACGGACGACGACUUGGACGGACGCCAGCCUGCCAUCCUGCCAGCCUCCGCCCGUCUGACUGUCCUGCUCGGCCUCACCUUGGCCCCUCCCGCCCGGUUCACGACGCUAAGGACGUUGAACAUCUCCAUAGGAACGAACGACGACUCUCAAGACGACCACAGCGACAGAAACGAGUGGAAACGCUAACCGGGACGAGAUAAAUCGCUGUAGAAAGAAAAAAAAAACAUCUCGCGAUAGGUUAAGUUGUAGCUCGGUGUUCACGACUGUUAGGAGUAAUCCAGCGACUUUAACAAAUUAAUAAGUCGAGACAGUCCUUAUAAAGCGAAUGUUAGGCGAUUAUCCCACGCCCUGAGGAGCAGCGGACCACGUGAAGCCUUCCAGAGAGUUCUGGCAGAGAUAGGAGAGAGGAAGUGGCCUCGAGGCAACGCAGUGUGCAGCGACUUCAGUCUACAGCAGCCGAUCGGACGUGUCAUCCUCCCCGACACAGCUGUUGCUUCGCCGGGUCAUCUCAGGUAGAGGGGAGUGCUCGUAAAACCAUUGAAAGGUGCCGAGGAUCUCCUGCCAGAACAGCCAGCCCACCCGACUCUACGACCUGAUUGUAGUCGUAGAAUCGAGGGAGGAUCAUCAGCGCGUGGGGGCGGCGGUUCCCUCACAGCAGGACCUCUGGGUGAUGUAGCCCGCCAUCCACACCCCGCUGAGCCACCAGCCCGGCCUGGCAUCCGCCAACUCUCUCCAUCACCCACCCUCAGCAAAUCACCCACAGAAUCUGACGGAUAUCAUCGGUACCUGUUUAUACGUCUCCUGCUCCUGCAUCGCCCUCGUCAGCGUCUCAGUCUUUGCUGAGGACACCCUCGCAGCAGCCAGCAAAUAUUUCCUCAGGAAGAACAAACUCAGACGGUUCCCAUAACGCAGAGGCGCCGCAGAGUCUCUCCACCUCCCACCCUCGCCUCCCACCCUCGUCGCCACUUUGCAUGGUGUAAACUGACACCGCGGGUUCCUGGUUCCAUCACAGUACCCGCCGCCCUCCUCCGGUCCCAGUCAAACGACAACUAUACUUAUCUUCAACAUCCCAUUUGCGUCCUUGUGUCGGCCUUACCGCUGAUGAUCGAUAUACACACAGCAAGCAGAGGACUGGAGUAGUAGGCAGCUCCCCCACAUACCGAGCGCGACACCGACCCACCGCACGCUUUGUUGUGGCCUGGUAGGGAGGCUGCCUUAUCAGAGGCGGGGACGCACACUACCCACUGAUAAGCCUCUCAUUCUUCCUGGCGCGGGCGUGUUAUCACCAAGCUGUACACCGCUGCGAAAAAGAACUCCCUAGCGAGGUAUCCGGCAACACAGAGCAGAAAAAAGGAAGCCAGAUUGAGAUCAAGACUAGUGAGGCAACUUGUGACUGGAGUGAAAAGAAGUGAGCUUUAUGGUAUCGGCGGUGGGUUGUGGUCGCCUAGAGUGACGUUAAUAGGAGCCACCUGGAGCCCCGAGGACGGACUACAGUGCAACUAAGACCGAGUCUCUGUUCACGAGCGAGUCACUGUCACUUCUGUCUGCUGCAAGGAAAAACAGUCGCAGAAAAAAGGGUCACAGCAAGUAACAAAGAUACACCUUCCCUUCCUUGUCCAGUGUUUAGUUAUCGUGUGAUCUGCCAUAAAGCCACAAAAAGUAAUCACGUGUCAACACACAACUACUAUUUCAUACUUCAGAGAGACAAUCGGGAGUCGUGUUUCAGGUCUCACGGCCAAGAUAACAGGCAUUACAGUAAUCGUUUCUACAUGCUAAUCGGCGGCCUCUAGAGGGACUACCUGGAACCACAACGACACCGCACUCUUUAGGCUCUUUAAGGUUAAUGCAUUAGCUGUGUGUGAGUCAGCGUGUGUUUGUCAUUUACUUGGGAAGCUCCAAAUGGUUGUAAUCUCCUCGUGAAAGAAUAGCAUUAGGCAAGUUUUAUAAACUACACGCUAAAACAAACUCUUAGGUUGUUCUGUAAACUCUUAUGCAAAUUGCUUCUCUCGUGUUUACUCUUCGAUUUUAAAUACGGUGUUUUGUGCUCUCUGGGAAACACAGCCCCGGGAAACGUGACUAUACUGAAAACGGGCCUUGAAGUGAAGCUUACACAUAAGCAGCGAAUCAUAAAUCUUGGUGAUUUGUACCUGCCCGCGGCGUGACGUGAGGUCUACCUGUAGAAAGGAAGAAGGAGGUGCGAGCCCCAGGCGCGUCAGAAGCCUACACAAACAACUCGGAGCAAACACCCCCACUUCUUGAAGCUCCAGCGCGACCCCCGCCGGCUCACACGCACCCAAGCCGAUCCCAGACGCGUUCGAGCCCCGGGGUGAAGGUGGCAAUAAAUCACACCUGUGCACAUAUUUCUGUGGGGUGAUGUGUUUGUUGGCCCGCCGGCACUUAAUGACGGAAUCAGCUAAGCUCUCCACCUGAAUAAAUACUUGUGUUGUGUACCUGCGUGCCUGUGUGUCUGUGUGUGCUGUGUUGUGGUGCGUUGUGUGCUUGUAAUUUCCUGUCUGCCUGCGUGCUUAGUAAAAGUAAGGCAACAUGAAUAUGGACGCUAAGAACGGGGGCAAGUACGCCCUCAGGACUAAGUCGAUCAUCAAGAGAAUAGAAUCCGAAAAGAACAGAGCAACGACGAAGAGGAAAGAACCGAAAGAGAAACAGAAGCCUCCGCCACUCAGCAAAUACCGACGCAAGACCGCAAACGCGCGGGAGAGAAAUAGGAUGAAGGAGAUUAACGACGCCUUUCUCACCUUGCAGCAGUCCAUCCCAGACCUUCCCGGUGCUGACGCAGAGAAGCUCACCAAGAUCACGGUGCUGCGACUCGCUGUCAACUACAUUAACGCCCUCGCCGGUGUGCUCAACGAGGACAGCGUCUGUCCAACCGAUAUCGAGGACGUGAGGGAACUGUGGUGUUUAGAAAAUGCGCACAUGGCCCGACCCGAGCAUUGUGUACGACCCGUCAUAAGAACUAACAAAGUGUCCGGCGGAAACCCGAAUAAAAGUAAAUGUAGUGCCACCGGCAAAACGAACCCGCCCACUGGUAUCAACAACAACAACAAUAACAAUAACAACAACAGUAGCAAAAUGUCUAAGACGAAGUGUCCCUCCGUCGGUAAAACAAAUGACAAUCGAAGUAAAAAUUGCCUCGGUGGCAAAACGAUACCGAAGCGGCCAAGCAAAUCAAAGAGUAAAACGAAAGUGUGCAAGACGGCGAGCAUAGCGACCAGUAACGGCGCGUACAUCACCCUCAAGAAUGUGGCGCUGCAGACGCCGCCGCACAAGCUGGGCAAGCACGCCAACAACGAGCCCCUCAUGAUGUCCAUGACGGUGAAGCGGCCGCGGCAGGAGCACUACUCGGCGCCUCGCGAGACCAAGAUGCCGAGACUAGAGCCCAUCAUGUCCGUGACGUCCGUGAACCAGCCGCAGCUCGCCCUCACGCCCUGCAGGACUGACCUGUGUCACGUGCCUGCCUCCAUACCAGGACACGACACCCCAGAGCCCCUAAUAGGGGCGACGCCCUUCACACCACGCCACUACACCGGCCCCUCCUCCCUCACCCUCUACCAGCCCACCGAGACCACCCCCAUCAACGUGGUGCAGGACCUCGACAGUCCUGUGGUAAGGAAUGACGUACUGCUCGAGUUCCCAAGAAGCGGCCGACACUUCAGCGACUCUUCCAGUGCCGACUCCGCCUUUUCCAGCGAGGGCUCAGCUCCCCCCAGCCCUCUCACCAGCUUCAGCUCCAUGACACCCGCCCCGGUGCCCAUCGGCGACACCUCGCCAGCAUUCUCCGUCACCUCGAGCGACUUCUCCGUCUGUGGGUCAACCUCAGACUGUGACAGCGUGCUGACGUCGCCCAUGGAGCUCACCAGCUUGCUAGGGGACGACCCCUUCCGGGAGCUGGACCACUUCACCUCAACCUUCGCCGAUGGCGACGACACACUCAACCUAUUACUGGCGCAUUCUUCGUCCAACUUCAUGUGUGCAGAGAUUGAGGACUGUUAGCCGCAGGUACUGCUGGCGAGACAGCAGAGUGGCUCGUUAGGCGCAGAAAGCAACGUUCAGAUGGCAAAGUUUGUAUGACAGACUCUCGGGACUUUAGUCUACUAGCGUUGGACACUUGGUGUUUCACAUCUUGUUCUUGGAUAAACUUCUCGUUGCUUUAUGAAAGUAGCGUGUUGUUGUUGAUGUGUGCCUGACAGCUUGUACAAUAUAAGGGAGCAUUGAAUUUGUGACAAAGAUAAUGUAAUGACUAUACGUAACAAGUAUAGAAUCCUACAUAUCAACCCCCCUGUGUUCACUGUGUAUAUCAUGUGCCUUUCCACCCCGGCUUUUACUGUAAAUAAAUCACUCUUUAUAUA